CCACAUUUAACGCCAUGCAAAAUACGAACGAACUUCUUCAAAAACAAAAUGAGGAGCUCAGAGAACAAAAUCAUAAACUCCAAGAGGAUUUGAAAGAACUAAGGUACUUUAAAUCUACAUGUAAUGAGAUGAAAAGCCAGAUUAACCUGCUGCAGCAAGAAAAUGAUGACUUUAAAAAGCUAAGUCAUAAACUCCAAGAGGAUUUGAAAGAACUAAGGUACUUUAAAUCUACAUGUGAUGAGAUGAAAAGCCAGAUUAAUCUGCUGCAGCAAGAAAAUGAUGACUUUAAAAAGCAAAAUCAUAAACUCCAAGAGGAUUUGAAAGAACUAAGGUGCUUUAAAUCUACAUGUGAUGAGAUGAAAAGCCAGAUUAACCUGCUGCAGCAAGAAAAUGGUGACUUUAAAAAGCUAAGUCAUAAACUCCAAGAGGAUUUGGAAGAACUAAGGUACUUUAAAUCUACAUGUAAUGAGAUGAAAAGCAAGAUUAACCUGCUGCAGCAAGAAAAUGAUGAUUUUAAAAAGCAAAAUCAGAAACUCCAAGAGGAUUUGCGAGAACUAAAGUUCUUUAAAUCCACGUGUGAUGUGACAAAAGACAAGAUCUAUGUAAUGGAGCAAGAAAAUGUAGACUUUAAAAAGCUAAAUCAGAAACUCAGAGACGAUUUGCAAGACCUAAAGUUCUUUGAAUCCACAUGUGAUCCGAUGAAAAACAAGAUGAAAUUACUGCAGAAACAAAAUGACGACUUUAAAAAACACAAUCAUAAAUUCAGAGAGGACUUAACAUCGCUGAUAUUUGACUCUACAACUGAUGAAGAAGGCUUGAUUAAAAAGGAUCUAAAAACAUUGCAGGUCGUUCACUCCACAUUUAACUCCAUGCAAAGUACGAACGAACCUCUGCAAAUACAAACUGAGGAGUUUAGAGAACAAAGUCAGAAACUCGGAGACGAUUUGCAAGAGCUAAAGUUCUUUGAAUCCCCAUGUGAUGGGAUGAAAAACCAGGUGGAUCUUCUGCAGCAAGAAAGUGGAGACUUCAAAGAGCAAAAUCAGAAACUCAAAGAGGAUUUGAAAGAACUAAGGCCCUUUGAAUCCACAUGUGAUGGGAUGAAAAACCAGCUGGAUCUACUGCAGCAAGAAAAUGAUGCUUUUAAAGAGCAAAAUCAGAAACUCCAAGAGGAUUUGCAGAAACUAAAGUUCUUUAAAUCCACAUGCGAUGUGGCAAAAAACAAGCUCUAUGUAAUGGAGCAAGAAAAUGAGGACUUUAAAAAGCUAAAUCAGAAACUCAGAGACGAUUUGCAAGACCUAAAGUUCUUUGAAUCCACAUGUGAUGGGAUGAAAAACCAGGUGGAUCUUCUGCAGCAACAAAAUAAAGACUUUAAAGAGCAAAAUCAGAAACUUGGAAAGGAAUUAGGAAAGCUGAUAUUUGACUCCACAAUUGAUGAUUAAGGCUGAAUUUCUGCACAAACAAAACAAUGCUGCAAACAGAAAAUUCCUCAACAUCAAGGUUAUUUUGAAGGAUUGAAGUGACUCGCAUGACUGAAGUUCAAAGACAUACAAUUCAAAAAUCUAAAAAGAGCUCCUAUGCUCCAAGAAAAAGAGAUAAGCGACCCCCUCCCAAUAUAAACACAUACAGAAACACCACAAUGACUUCCAGCAAACACACAGAAGAUCAUCAGCUGCUUACUCAUUUAAGACAGCUUCCUCAGUUGCUGAACCUGCAGAGGAAGCGUAAAAACGAAGAUGACCUACUCUUUCUGUGAGCCAGCAUAGCAUGUGUGUGUGCAGGGGGGUCUGAAAAAAACAAACAA